GUUUUCUGCGAAACGAUAGACAAAAUGCAAUGUAUUUUGAAUACAAAUUAUUGUGUUUUGAAUGAAACGAUUGAAUCAAUAAAUCAUUUGGAUUUCAAUCAAACAAUUGAUUGCAAAACAUUCAAAAUCAGUGAUAAAAUGAUUUCAAUGACUGAAACUAAUAAUAUUUCAAAUAAUAAUCAUAAAUAUUUUUACUGUCUUUCGAUUAACUGUGAAUAUAAAACCAAAUUCAAAGGCAAUCUAAAUAUACAUCAAUCAAGUCAUUCACAAUUACGACAAUUUAAAUGUGAUUUUAAUAAUUGCCAUAAAAGUUAUAAACGAAAAUAUCAUUUAAUUAUUCACAAAAAUAGCAUUCAUUUAAAUAAAACAUUAAAAUGUGAUUUCACUGAUUGUAACAAAAGUUUUGCAAAAACAUACGAUUUAUUUCGACACAAAAUGUCUGUUCAUUCGAGUGAUAAACCAUUUAAAUGUGAUGACGAAAAUUGCGAUAAAGGUUUUGGACACAAAUGUGAUCUAAAUCGACACAAACGCAUUCAUUCGGGAGAAAAACCAUAUAAAUGUGAUUUCAGUAAUUGCACCAAAAGUUUCACAAGAAACUUUCAUUUAAUUCAACACAAAAAUAGCAAUCAUUUAAAUAUAAGAUUUGUUUGUGAUAUCAAUAAUUGUAACAAAAGUUUUACGACUAAAACAAGUUUAUUUCGACACAAAAGUUAUGUUCAUUUGAAUGAAAAGGAACUCAAAUGUAAUGAAGAGAAUUGUGAUAAAAGUUAUAGUACAAAAUACAAUCUAUUUAAACACAAACGCAUCCAUUUGAUGGUAAAGCCAUUCAAAUGUGGUUUCAAUGAUUGUUUUGAAAAAAAGCCAUUUAAAUGUAAUGAAGAGAAUUGUGGCAAAAGUUUUAGUCAAAAAUCACUCUUAAAACUACACAAACGACGCAUUCAUUCGGGAGAAAAACCAUUUAUUUGUGAUUUCAAUGACUGUAAUAAACGCUUUUCACAAAAAGUACAUUUAAUUUCACACAAAAGUUAUAUUCAUUCGACUGAAAAAUUAUUCAAAUGUGAUGAACAAAAUUGUAAUAAAAGUUUUAAAGUAUAUCGUAUGUUAAUGGAACACAAAUCCAUGCAUUCGGGAGAUAAACCAUUUAAAUGUGAUUUUAAUGAUUGUACGAAACGUUUUCCACACAAAUCAAAUCUAAAUCAACACAAAAGAUGUUUUCAUUUGAAUGAAAAACUAUUCAAAUGUAAUGAAGAAAAUUGUGGCAAAAGUUUUAAAAAUAAACCGCAACUCAAUCAACACAAACGCUGGCAUUCGGGAGAAAAGCUAUUUAGUUGUGAUUUCAGUGAUUGUAACAAAAGGUUCAAAACAAAUGGACAUUUAAAUCGACACAAAAGUUGUGUUCAUUUAAAUGAAAAGCGAUUCAAAUGUAAUGAAGAGAAUUGUGGCAAAGGUUUUGGUGGAAUUUCAGAUUUAAUUCGACACAAACGCAUACAUUCGGGAGAGAAACCAUUUGUUUGCGAUUUUAAUGAUUGCAAUAAAGGUUUUUCACAUAAAUCACAUUUAUAUCGACAUAAAAGAUGUGUUCAUUUGAAUGAAAGGCCUUUUAAAUGUAAUGAAGACAAUUGCAACAAAAAAUUCACAACAAAUGCACAUUUAAAUCGACACAAAAGUUAUGUUCAUUUGAAGCAAAAGAAAUAA